GAAAGAAUAGAGAGAGAGAGAGGCAGUGGAGGACCCCAUCAUCGAUCUGAUCUCACUCUCAAUAACGAUACUUCUCCUCUCUCUCUUCUCCACUCCCUUCUUCGGUGGAUUUAGAUCUCUUUUUCUGCAUUUCUUCUGGGUCUCAUCAUCUGUUUCUUCCGAAAAUACUACUAAAAGUUUGUUUUUUUUUUUUCCCCUUUAGCCUUCGAUAUGCCUUGACCUGGAUUUCUUCGGGUGUCAUCCAUUUGUCCUAAAAAUUCUAAAGUUCUGGUCUUUUUUUCUUCUCUGUUAUUAGCGUUACAUAUUUCGCUCAUCCUUUUUCUCUUUCUGUUCUGAUCCGGGGCUCCCUAGUUGAUGAUUUCGCCUUUUUCUGAGCUUUAUUGAGUGAGAGAGCGUUUGGGAGGGAUCAUAAGUCCAUGAUGCUUGCCAUGAUGAUGGCUUCUAUCCUUUUCACUGCAGUCAUAUCAUUGCAUCCCACCCUCGGUCUAAAGAACAAGGGAAAAGAGAUCCCAGCUCCAUCUCCACCUCCAAAUCUCUGCCCGAUUUAAUUUUUUUUCCAUCCCAUUUCGCCGUUUCAGUCUUCUUCUACUCUUUCUGCCCUCUUGGAUUCUGUUUCCUCGCAAAAAGAUCUGAUCUUGGCGAGUGGAUUGGGAGGAUGCCGCAAUACCGGCAGCCGCCACCGCCGCCGCCCUGGGCGUUGGAGGGCGGUGGGCAGGUGCUCGACGUGGAGACCGCGGUUAAAGACGGGAUCUUGGGCGCCACCGCAGGCGGCGGAGUCCUCGCCGGCGCCGCCGGGGAGAAGCUGGAGCUGAAGAAGAUGAUCGACGAGCUCGAUCCCCUCGACGACAUCCCCGCCGUCUUUAUCUGCCCCAUCUCCCUCGAUCCGAUGACGGAUCCGGUGACUCUGUGCACCGGCCAGACCUACGAGCGUGGCAACAUACUCAAAUGGCUCUCCAUGGGCCACCUCACCUGCCCCACCACAAUGCAAGAGCUCUGGGACGACACCGUCACGCCGAACCGCACCCUUCUGCAGCUGAUUCAUGCUUGGUUCUCGCAGCGCUACCUGCGCGCCAAGAAGCGGGCCGAGGACGUCCAAGGCCGGGCGGCGGAGCUCGUGGACACCCUCCGGAAGGCCAAGGGCCAGACCAGGGUCCAGGCUUUGAAGGAGCUCCACCAAUUGGUCACUGUCCACUCUUCCACAAGGAAGACGGUGGCGGAGUCCGGCGGCAUUGGCUCGGUCUCUUCUCUUCUGGGCCCAUUCACUUCUCAUGCUGUUGGCUCCGAAGCAAUUGGUAUCCUAGUUAAUCUGGACCUCUGUUCGGAUUCGAAAGCUAAUUUGAUGCAGCCUGCCAAGGUCUCGCUCGUCGUCGACAUGCUGAAUGAGGGAACCAUCGAGACGAGGAUCAAUUGCACGAAAUUCAUCGAGAUGCUGAUGGAGGAGAAGGAUUUCCGAUCGGAAAAUGUGUCAAGCUUCAGCCUUUUGGUGGGAUUGUUGAAGCUGGUGAAGGAUAAGAGGCACCCGAAUGGGAUUUCGGCUGGGCUGGGGCUCUUGAGGAUGAUAUGCUCUCACAAGCAGGUUAGGAGCUUGAUUGUGAGUGUUGGGGCUGUCUCGCAGCUUGUUGAGCUCUUGCCACAUUUGAAUCCGGAGUCUCUGGAAGCUGCAUUGCAGAUAUUAGACGAUCUCUCAGUGAUCCCAGAAGGACAGAAGGCUUUGAAGGAUUGCCAGCAGACUAUACCCAAUGCGGUGAGGAUCCUGGUGAGGGUGUCGGAGACUUGUACGCAGCAUGCAUUGUCUUUAUUGUGGGCGGUCUGUAGCCUUGCACCUGAAGAAUGUGCUCCACUUGCAGUGGAAAUGGGUUUGGCUGCAAGGCUGCUACUUAUAAUGCAGAGCAGUUGUGAUCCGACCGUAAAACAGCGGUCAGCCGAGCUGUUGAAGAUCUGCAGUGUCAAUUAUUCAGAGAGUCAUUUCAUUUCCAAGUGCAAGCUCACAAGGACAAUACAGUAACCAUUGGGAUGAUUACUACUUGGACAUUGUUGCUCAAGUUACCUAUCCAACUUGACUAGGACCAGAGAGUCUAAAGAAUUUGGGGAGACCUUGGAGCAGAGCAUCACUAUUCUGAAAGAAUGGAGUUUUAAGAUAAUGGCAGUGUCGAAGAUAAGUUGUGCAGUGAGCAAGCAGAUACAAGACUAAAACUCUGCCGCCUUGUGGAUACCAUUUUGGAUACUCGAAGUCUCUCUUCAACUGAUUCUUCUUGCCCAAAGAAGUAUCCAGAUGGUGAUUCUCUUUGGGCGAAACUCAGCUGUGGAUUUGAAUGCAUUAUGCCAUGCACAAAAAUUAUCCUCAAUAAGAAGGUGAGAUUAUGAUGUUUGGUGGUUGCCAUUUUUGUUAUGUUAAAAUCUUAGCCCUUCCUUGAUUGUUUGUGCAGUUACGAUUCUGCCAGAUAAUGUAAAUCUUUUUCCAUGUAUUUCAUAUACAUGAGAAUGCAAUAGCAAAUUUUUGCCUAAAAAUAAUUACUUGCUUCCUGAUUGUCUUGCA